GUUCGGUUUUCUUGUUUGUGCAUGCCCCCAAGUGCCCCAACGACCCAACACACCCAUCAGACCAUGAGUCCAUCUUCUAUCUUAAAACCUCAGACUUGGCUUGCGCGCCCAAAACCCGAAGCCAUGUCCAUUGCUCUUCCCAUUCUGUCUCUUUCACGAAUGGUGAGGGGUUCUUCAGUCGACACAAAGCAUAGACUGUCUUACAAUCCCCAUCGCACAUAUCCCCGAAGCUCAGGCACACUCUCUACGGCAGCGCCACCCAUCAUCCCCACCGCGAACAGCCGCCCGGAGAUUUCAAUUUCAGAUAUCCUUAGACGCGAUGCCCCGACUCCGAGUCACGGGAAAUUACCUGAAACAUAUCUUGGGUUUGAGACAUGGUUGCCGAAUCCGCCAAAAGUGGAGAAGCCUCGGUCAGUUUUCAAUGCAGCAUCUCUAGCUUAUAUGGGAGAUUGCAUUUUCGAGAUAUAUGCUCGAAGGCACUUUUUAUUCCCACCAUUGAAAAUUGAAGAACACAAUGAUCGUGUGAUGGCAGUAGUUCGUUGUGAGACUCAAGGUGCCAUGUUGCAGAAACUUAUCAAUGACAAUUUCUUAUCAGAAGAAGAAAGGGAAGUGCUUCGCUGGGGAAAAAAUGUUGGUUCUGGGAAAACAAAGACUAAAAAACGUGCUGGCGUUGCUAUUUACAACAAAGCAUCAUCACUUGAAACCCUUAUUGGUUACCUAUACCUGACAAAUAUGAUGCGGCUAGAAGAGAUCAUGCUUAAGUUGGGUUUCUGUACCGGAGCUUCAUCUGAACUUAUUGUGAAGAGCAAACACUGUUUAGAGAACGAUGGUCAAGAAGUAUCAUCAUGAAGAAUUACGGGAAUACAUGAAGCAGGCUAGUAUAGGCAGACAACCACAUUGUCCAUUGAGAUUAGAAAGGUUUAUAUUUUAGACGAGUUUGUAUUGCAUUUGAUGACAAAUACGGAGUAAGGAGUAUAUCAUUAGCUUGAUGACAAUUAGAGCCGCAUAUUUUUGCAAGUUUCAUGGAAGAAUAUUCAUUACAUAGGUCUUAUAAAAGAAAUCACUUUGUUUUAAAGUGAUGACCACCCCUAUAUUGUGUCCAAUUUUUGUUUGAUUUGACAUAAAGCACGAGUAUAUUUAGAAAAUCAAAACAACCAAUUACCUGGC